ACAGAGAGAAAGAUAAUCGUACAGAAGAGACUGAGAGAAGUUACAGAGGGGAAGAAGGGGUCAGAGGGAGCAAACGAAAUCAACCGGAUAAUACAGAGAGGGACACGGAGACCCGGAGGGUGAAAGAGAGGGGAGAGGAGUCGGGUGGAGAAAGUCAGGGAAAUCUUUCAAUUCAGACACAGAGGGAGAGUGAGGUAGACCCUUUCAGACGCGCUCCUAGACCUUGGCUCUGCUCAGCGAGGCCCUGUGUGGGGUGCAGUGGGGCUCAGGUGGGCUGGUCACUUUUGGGGGACCCCAGAAAAGGGGUGUUUGCCCAAGGGCCAGCCGACACCAGGUGAUCCUGAGAUGGAGCUCAGGGAGCCCGAGAACCACGAGGAUGGGGACCCAGAGGAGGACACAGCCACAGCCCUCCAACGGCUCGUGGAGCUGACAGCCACCAGGGUGACCCCAGUGAGGAAUCUGCGUGUCCAGUAUCGCCUCAUCCGAAAGCUCGGCUCUGGCUCCUAUGGCCGCGUGCUCCUUGCCCGGCCUCGCCAAGGGGGUCCUGCUGUGGCUCUGAAGCUCCUACCUCGGGACUCAGUCCUGAGAACCACCUUCCUGAGAGAGUUCUGUGUGGGCCGCUGCGUCUCAUCACAUCCAGGCCUGCUCCAGACCCUGGCGGGACCCCUGCAGACCCCCCGACACUUUGUCUUUGCCCAGGAGUAUGCACCGUUUGGGGAUCUCAGCGGGAUGCUGCAGGAACGGGGCCUCCCAGAGCUGCUGGUGAAGCGGGUGAUGGCCCAGCUGGCCGGAGCCCUGGACUUCCUCCACGGCCGAGGGCUGGUCCACGCAGACGUCAAGCCAGACAACGUGCUGGUCUUUGACCCUGUCUGCAGCCGUGUGGCCCUCGGUGACCUGGGUCUGACCCGGCCCGAGGGCAGUCCAACCCCUGCCCCCCCGGGGCCACUGCCCUCUGCUCCACCGGAGCUCUGCCUCCUGCUGCCACCUGAUACGCUGCCCCUGCGACCAGCAGUGGACUCCUGGGGCCUGGGGGUGCUUCUCUUCUGUGCUGCCACGGCCUGCUUCCCUUGGGAAGUGGCACUGGCCCCUGACCCCGAGUUCGAGGCCUUUGCUGGCUGGAUGACCACCAGGCCCCAGCCACCUCAACCACCACCCCCUUGGGACCAGUUUGCGCCCCCAGCUCUGGCAUUGCUCCAGGGGCUUCUGGAUCUGGAUCCUGAGACUAGGAGCCCCCCACUGGCUGUCCUGGACUUCCUGGGGGACGACUGGGGGUUGGAGAGGAACAAAGAGGGACCUGGGGGCUUGGGGAGUAUGUCCAGUGAGGAUGGGGAGGAGGAGGAGGAGGGGGCAGCAAGCCUGGAAGAGUGGACAGAGGAGGAGGAGGAGGAGGAGGAUGACAAAGGUGGCAGGAGGAUGGGGACAGAUGGGGGAGCUCCCUGACCAGGUGACUGAGACAGGUGGCCAGAGCCUGGUCCAAAGGCCCCUCCCCCAGCCCCCACGGCCACCUGGAUGGAGAGACAGCUGUGCCCAAGAGGACAGAAAUGGAACACAUUGCAUCUCUCCCUACUGAAGGCUGGACUGGGAUGCACAAUUCCCCUCCCAACUGAGGACCCAGGAGUUCAGGCCCCCAGCCCCU